AUGGUUGACUUCGCCACCUCCCUUCAGGUUAUGGUUCCAUUGCAUCGCACCGAAACUGGUGAAACCACUCGAGACGCUCUUCGCGAUCGGUGGGUAUCGUGGGCCGGCCCUCCUCAGACCCUGUGCUUAGACCCUUCUCAGCCCAACCUUUCACAGGUUUUAGGCGCGUUCUGCAACAACACCGGCAUCGACAUGCGACAUACUGCCGCAGACGCCCACUGGCAACUAGGCAAAGUGGAGCGGCAUGGCCAAUGGUUGUGUCGGGUUUUCCAGCGCGUUCUGGAUGAGAGCCGUCCCCAGUCAGAACCAGAGUGGCGUGAUUGCCUGUCCCAUGCUCAAUCCGCUAAAAACACCCUCCUGACUGAAGCGGGCGCCAGUCCGUACCAGCUUGUUUUCGGGCGCAAUCCGCGCGUUCCCACGGAUCUUAUGCAGGAGGCGCCUCACCUGGGUGCCGUCGAUGCCGAACAGGCAGAACCAGCGCUAGAGCGCGCAGCUGCAGUGCGCGCCGCAUCGCGCCGUGCCAUGCUUGAGUGCCAAAGCGAUCGCGCUGUUCGUGCCGCACUUCGUGCACGCCCGCGUGCGCUUCGUCCUUUUCGUUCGGGGGACUGGGUUUACUACUGGCGCACACAGAAGCAUGUCGAUGGGGUAAGAAUAGAGGGGGGGAGAUGGUACGGGGCAGGGCUAGUGCUGGGAUCGGUCGGUCGCAACUUCGUUGUCGCACACAGGCGUAGUCUCUUGCGCUGCGCGCCUGAACAGCUUCGUUUUGCAACCCCAUCUGAGGCCACAGUGGCAGAGUUUCCGGAGAGCGAGCUCCUAGGCGUUAAGACACUGCUUGAAAAGGGUCAAUUCCCGAAAAGCCAAUUUGUGGAUGUCACUCAGGAGAGCCGCCCUCCAGAGGCCCCUGAAGAGGCUCAGGCCACGGUUGAUGAGCCGUCACAAGGCCUUGCGGGUCUCAAUGCAGCGCAGUGGCUGGAACAGCACAGGCAGACAGCAGCAGGGACCGAGAGCCCGAAAGCUCCAGAAGCUCUCUUUUGUCAAGAAACUCUGGACAUGGAGCACUUGCAUAGCAGCCAUGUGGAGAUUCUGAUGGCUGCAUUUCUGCAGAAGCGAGCUCAGAAAGAGCUCCCCGCCACCGGAAAUACUCCGGACAUGCAGCAUCGCAUCGACGAGGCAAAACUCGUUGAGUGGGAGACGGUGUCCGGCAAGGCAGCUGUAAGAGUGCACACGGGGGCUAAGGCCAGAGAAAUCAAGGAGAAGUUCGGGCAUAGGUUCAUCGGCAGCCGGUUUGUAGUUACGAACAAGGUUGAUGAAGAGGGAUCUAGAGUAAAGGCGAGAUGGUGCUUGCUUGGACACAACGAUCCCGACUUCCAUCAGAAGAUUGCUUCGGGUGAGUGUCACAGCCCAACGAUGCACCAGUUGUCGCGGAUUCCGGGCGUAGACCCCUCAGCUGUUAUAGAAAUAGUGGGGAACCUCUAUGGCGCUAACGAUGCGCCGGCCCAGUGGUACAAGGAGUUUGAUGCUCAGGCGCAGGCCGCAGGGUUCCAGCGUAGCAUCUUCGACCCAUGUUUGUACUACUACCGAGAGCCUCAAAGAGGGCUAACGGGGAUCCUAGGGGCACAUGUGGAUGAUACCAUAAUGGGGGGCGAAGGGGAAGCGUACAACCGAGCCAUUCAGAGGCUAAAGGCGAGGUUUCAAUAUCGUAAAUGGAGACAGGGCAGUGGGGAAUUUUGCGGAGUUCAAUACUUCCAAGACCCUGAGUCUAAAGAGAUCACUUAUGAUCAAAAAGCAUACGCGCAGAACAUAAGACCCAUCGCCAUGACAAAGGAUCGACAGAAGCAGCGGAAACAGCUGGCGAAUGAACGUGAGAUCACGGCUCUCCGAGCAGUGAACGGUGCCCUCAACUGGCUUGCGUCCCAAACCCGUCCUGAUAUCAGCGUUCAGGCCUCCUUCUCACAGCAGGCGUUCCCCAGUCCUACUGUUGAGCACCUCCUGUCCGCCAAUGAGGCGGUGCACCGAGCCCGUCAGUACAGUGACGUGGCGCUCACUGUUCGUCAUGUGCCCUGGGAAGAUCUCAAUAUAGUUUUCCAUAGUGACGCUGGGUUUGCUAAUGCUUCACAGGGUAAAACCCAAGCCGGGUACAUCCUCGCGUUCACAACUAGUCAGUUGGCCGAAGAUCAGCCCAGCGUGUGGUCACCCUUUUGCUGGAAAUCAUACAAGAUGUCCCGAGUAGUGGCGUCCACGCUUGCUGGUGAGACGCAGAGUUUCGCUACUGCGAGUGGAAUCUCUGAGUGGAUGUCUCUCAUGGUGUCAGAGGCUAAGCACGGGUGUUUCGACCUUAGGGCCUGUGAAGAUCACCUUAGAUGUGUGCCCAUCACAGGGGUGACAGACUGCAAGUCCUUGUUUGAUGCACUCAACACUCCGACAUCACCAGGCAAGAUUGAAGACAAACGCGUCGCCAUUGACCUGGCAAUCGUUCGCCAGUCCAUGUCUCGUUGUGGUUUGCAGGUCAGGUGGUGUCCCACUCAGCUUAUGAUUGCAGACGGGCUCACCAAGAACCAAGCAGAUCCCGCUGACCUCAUGCGCGCAUUGCUAGCUAACGGGGUUUAUCAGCUGUCUAACGAGGCCGAGGUGUUGGCACAGAAGAAGGCGCAACGAGACAGGCGUGUCCAGAGAAAGCCUUUAGGGAGCACGAACAGCCCGAGCUAUGAGCAGAGCCAAACUCCAGGCGCAGUCUUUCGAGAGGUGUACCUAGAUCACGAAGCUACUUCAUAUCAUUCCCCUGAAGAAGAACACAUCGUUCAAGGCAAGGCUGUUCGUCGCACCUCUUUCGACGCACGCAGCGGGAAAGUUCUCGCGUCAGAGGACCUCCAGGAGUCCUUACUGUGCGAAAAGCAGUGGCUAUCCAGCCGUGUGUCCUUGCUUCGAACAGAGAUCUGGUAUGAAAGGGUGGUUCCGGGAUCUAGGGUUUAG